GCGGGAGAAGGAAGGGGUGGGAGUCUGAGGAGGAGACCACCUUGCUAUUAUUUUUAAAUUUUAAAAUACUAUUUUUGCCGUACAAGGAGGACGCUCGGAAUUCGCCGGCCUGUCGGUUCCCAAGAGGGACCCGGCCAUUGUGCCGUCGCUUUUUUACAUCUUCUUUUUCUGUUGGGUUGGUUUGUUUGUUUUGAUUCUUAAAAAAAAAAUACAUUUUUUCCUUCUGUGCUGAGCAGCAGCGGCAGGAGCAGCAGCAAUAUGGCUGGUGAUGGGUUUUUUUGGGGGCGCUGGCGGCGGGAGGAGCUCUCGGAAGCCCCUGCGCGCCCGGCUCGCUGUUAGCUAUGGCAAAUGGCAGCGGCGGCGGCUCCUACUCGGGCGGCAGCGGCGGCAUUAGAAUGAGUAACAAUAUCAACGCCAACAAUCUCAACACAGACUCGUCCUCCUCCCCCGUCAAUGUGCCCAAGAUGGAUGCGCUCAUCAUCCCGGUGACCAUGGAGGUGCCUUGUGAUAGCCGCGGACAGCGCAUGUGGUGGGCUUUCCUCGCCUCAUCCAUGGUCACUUUCUUUGGGGGACUGUUUAUCAUCCUGCUGUGGAGGACCCUCAAGUACCUGUGGACUGUCUGCUGCCACUGCGGAGUCAAAAACAAGGAGGCCCAGAAGAUCAAUGGUGCAGGAGAUACACAGGCAGAUGGGGCCUGCAAAACAACAGAUGAAAAAGAAGAGAAUGUGGCAGCAGAAGUGGGAUGGAUGACCUCUGUGAAGGAUUGGGCAGGAGUCAUGAUAUCUGCCCAGACAUUAACUGGCAGAGUACUUGUUGUCUUAGUCUUCGCUCUUAGUAUUGGUGCUCUUGUAAUAUACUUCAUAGAUUCGUCAAACCCAAUAGAAUCUUGCCAGAAUUUCUACAAAGAUUUCACAUUACAGAUCGACAUGGCUUUCAAUGUGUUCUUCCUACUCUACUUCGGCCUGCGUUUCAUAGCAGCCAAUGACAAGCUAUGGUUUUGGCUAGAAGUUAAUUCAGUAGUUGAUUUCUUCACGGUUCCUCCAGUGUUUGUGUCAGUAUAUUUAAACAGAAGUUGGCUUGGUUUAAGAUUUUUAAGAGCCCUUAGGCUGAUACAGUUUUCAGAAAUUUUGCAGUUUCUGAAUAUUCUUAAAACAAGUAAUUCCAUCAAGCUAGUGAAUCUGUGCUCUAUAUUUAUCAGCACGUGGCUGACAGCAGCUGGGUUCAUACAUUUGGUGGAGAACUCAGGGGAUCCAUGGGAAAAUUUCCAAAAUAAUCAACCACUGACAUACUGGGAAUGUGUUUAUUUACUGAUGGUCACAAUGUCCACUGUUGGCUACGGAGAUGUUUAUGCAAAAACAACACUUGGGCGCCUUUUCAUGGUCUUCUUCAUCCUUGGGGGAUUGGCCAUGUUUGCCAGCUACGUCCCUGAAAUCAUAGAGUUAAUAGGAAACCGCAAGAAAUAUGGUGGUUCCUAUAGUGCGGUUAGUGGAAGAAAGCACAUAGUUGUCUGUGGUCACAUAACACUUGAAAGUGUGUCCAACUUCCUGAAGGACUUUCUGCACAAGGAUAGGGAUGAUGUCAACGUAGAAAUCGUCUUUCUGCAUAAUAUCUCCCCUAACCUUGAGCUGGAAGCUCUUUUUAAACGACACUUCACUCAGGUGGAAUUUUAUCAGGGUUCAGUCCUUAAUCCCCAUGACCUGGCAAGAGUGAAGAUAGAGUCGGCAGAUGCGUGCCUAAUCCUUGCCAACAAAUACUGCGCUGACCCCGAUGCUGAAGAUGCCUCCAACAUUAUGAGAGUUAUUUCCAUAAAGAAUUACCACCCGAAGAUAAGAAUUAUCACUCAGAUGCUGCAGUAUCACAAUAAGGCCCAUCUGCUGAAUAUCCCAAGCUGGAACUGGAAAGAAGGGGACGAUGCAAUCUGUCUUGCUGAGCUCAAGCUGGGUUUCAUAGCCCAGAGCUGCCUGGCACCAGGCCUUUCAACAAUGUUAGCCAACCUCUUCUCUAUGAGAUCAUUCAUAAAGAUUGAGGAGGAUACGUGGCAGAAGUACUACUUGGAAGGAGUUGCAAAUGAAAUGUAUACAGAAUAUCUGUCCAGUGCCUUUGUGGGUUUGUCCUUCCCUGCAGUUUGUGAACUGGUGUUUGCGAAACUAAAGCUCUUAAUGAUAGCCAUAGAAUACAAGUCGGAAAAACGAGAAAGCAGAAGCCGAAAGCGUAUAUUAAUCAAUCCUGGAAACCAUGUCAAGAUUCAAGAGGGUACUCUAGGAUUCUUCAUUGCAAGUGAUGCCAAAGAAGUAAAAAGGGCAUUUUUUUACUGCAAGGCCUGUCAUGAUGACAUCACUGAUCCCAAAAGGAUUAAAAAAUGUGGCUGCAAACGGCCCAAGAUGUCCAUCUACAAGAGAAUGAAACUGGCAUGUUGUUUUGAUUGCGGACGCUGUGAGCGUGACUGCUCUUGCAUGUCAGGCAAUGUACAUAGUAACAUGGACACCCUUGAGAGAGCCUUCCCACUUUCUUCUGUCUCUGUUAAUGAUUGCUCCACCAGUUUACGUGCCUUUGAAGAUGAGCAGCCCUCGACACUGUCACCCAAAAAAAAGCAGCGCAACGGAGGCAUGCGGAAUUCACCCAACUCUUCGCCCAAACUGAUGAGGCAUGACCCCUUGUUAAUUCCUGGCAACGAGCAGAUUGACAAUAUGGACGCCAAUGUGAAAAAGUAUGACUCUACAGGGAUGUUUCAUUGGUGUCCAGCCAAGGACAUUGAAAAGGUCAUUUUGACUCGAAGCGAAGCAGCGAUGACAGUUUUAAGUGGGCACGUGGUCGUUUGCAUAUUUGGGGAUGUUAAAUCUGCUUUGAUUGGAUUAAGAAAUUUAGUGAUGCCUUUACGAGCCAGCAACUUUCACUACCAUGAACUCAAGCACAUUGUGUUUGUGGGUUCUCUUGAAUACCUGAGGAGGGAAUGGGAGACACUGCAUAACUUCCCCAAGGUUUCAAUCUUGCCCGGUACACCAUUAAGUCGGGCUGAUUUAAGGGCUGUCAACAUCAACCUCUGCGACAUGUGCGUUAUCCUGUCAGCCAAUCAGAAUAAUAUUGAUGAUGCUUCGCUGCAGGACAAGGAAUGCAUCUUGGCGUCACUCAACAUCAAAUCUAUGCAGUUUGAUGACAGCAUUGGGGUCUUGCAGGCUAAUUCCCAAGGCUUUACACCCCCUGGGAUGGAUAGGUCGUCUCCAGACAACAGUCCGGUCCAUGGGCUGCUACGUCAACCUUCCAUUACAACAGGAGCCAACAUCCCUAUUAUAACAGAGCUAGCUAAGCCUGGCAAACUUCUGCCUUUGGUUUCAAUCAGUCAGGAAAAAAACAGUGGAACCCACAUUCUAAUGAUAACUGAACUGGUAAAUGAUUCAAAUGUUCAGUUCUUGGACCAAGAUGACGAUGAUGACCCAGAUACAGAACUGUACCUCACGCAGCCCUUUGCAUGUGGAACCGCCUUUGCUGUCAGCGUGCUGGACUCUCUCAUGAGCGCGACAUACUUCAAUGACAAUAUCCUCACACUGAUACGGACAUUGGUAACAGGAGGAGCCACACCAGAGCUGGAAGCACUGAUUGCUGAGGAAAAUGCAUUGAGAGGAGGUUACAGCACGCCCCAGACACUUGCAAACAGGGACAGGUGUCGAGUUGCUCAGUUGGCUUUGUAUGAUGGGCCAUUUGCAGACCUAGGGGAUGGAGGCUGUUAUGGAGAUCUAUUUUGUAAAGCACUGAAAACAUACAAUAUGCUUUGCUUCGGAAUUUAUCGAUUAAGGGAUGCACAUUUAACUACUCCCAGCCAAUGCACUAAACGUUACGUUAUCACAAACCCACCGUAUGAAUUUGAGCUUGUGCCGACAGACUUGAUCUUCUGUUUGAUGCAAUUUGACCACAACGCUGGCCAAUCCCGGGCCAGUCUUUCUCAUUCCUCCCAUUCCUCCUAUUCUUCCAGCAAGAAGAGCUCAUCAGUUCACUCCAUCCCCUCGACAGCAAACCGACCGAACCGCACCAAGACCAGGGAUUCCCGGGAAAAACAGAAUGCAACAAGGAUGAAUAGAAUGGGCCAAGCAGAAAAGAAAUGGUUUACAGAUGAGCCGGAUAAUGCCUAUCCCAGAAACAUUCAAAUCAAGCCUAUGAGCACUCACAUGGCCAAUCAGAUCAAUCAAUACAAAUCGACAAGCAGCUUGAUACCACCAAUCAGAGAAGUGGAAGAUGAAUGUUGACUCCUUCGAGGCCAGAAUUAUUUUUUUAACUCCUGACAAACGUCAUGACUGGUGAUGUGACAUUUAUUCCUCUUACAUGCUGAACCACUGGGGGAGAAGUUAAGAAGGGCAAGCCUAACGGGACAAAAAUAAAGUAGACAGCUCUCUGUUUGUCUGCCUUUAAUAUUGCUUCCACAUAUUUUUGGAAACUAUUUCAUUUAUAAAUUAACAUAAUCCAAAUUAGUCAUGUAUAGCCUCUAGUGUUUUAAAUUAUUUUUAUGUAUUAGAAAAAGAAAUAUUUUUCUUUUCUUUGGGUUUUUUUUUUUUCCCAUUGUCAAAAGUAUUUUCACAUUAAAAAAAAAAAAACCCUGCAGAUGUGGCCAGACUCCUAAGAAGUGUGAUUAAAAAAAAACCCCAAACUUCAGUCUUUGCAUUAAAGGAGAAUGAUGGUCACAGUUACAAGGACAUGUAAUUAAGGGAGACAAAUGAUAUAUUUACAGAAAGAAAAAGGGGGGGGAAAAAAAUAAAGGUCCAAGUUGUAUUUUAGUAAAUCAAAACAAAACAAAAAGAAGAAGAAGAAGAAAAAAGUUCACCCAGCUGUUUCUUUACGGCAGGAUGUGUAUUUCGUUCGGCAUUGACACCAGCGCUUAAUAAACUGAACUUAUUUAUUUUCAAAGGUGAAAGUCAUAUUUUUGUACUUGUAGCAUUCUUCUGAGCUAUUGCUUUACUACCAUAAACAGGCCAUCUUAAUUGCCAGCUAUUUUAAGCUCCAAUGAACCCACACAGACGCAGACACGUACGUACACGUAUGUACACAACGUUGUGCCCCGCCACGCACGCACGCACGCACACAUACGCACACAGAAGCCCAGCGUCCUUGCUAACCACCUGCUGCACUAGCACAGGGAAUAGCACUGCCCUAAACUGAGGGCCAUGUAGACAAGGUGCUCAUAGGCACCACUUGCUAGAAAUGACAGCCCUGGCAAUUCCACUCUGCUGCCCCCUGGCCAUCAGCAGCCGCUACUUUCAGGAAGGCAAACUUGGCCAUUCCUCCUCUUCUGCCAUGUAUUGCAGUGCUUUACUCCAGAGUGCAUAAAUAGUGCAUGAACCCAUAUGUUACAAGACUUCUCAUCUAUCACAUUUUGUUGUUUCCUUACUCAGAAGUGCUGAUGGCCUUGCAUUAGUCUUACUUGGUUCAGUUUCUUGCCUGGUAUGUACAGAGGUUUAGCUCUGGCUCUUUGCACUUUGGUGAAAGCUCCAAUCUUGGUUACAGGCAGACACCAUGACGUUCUCAGCUAAUUGCUGCACCAAGCAACAUCCUAUAGUUCAGCAGUUAGGUUUUUCCCACAUUUGUUUUCAUUUUGCUGGGACACCACACACAAACGUACAGUACUAACCAAAUCAAAUGAAAAGUAAUGAAUGUAUUUAUGAUGACUUACAAAAGGCCUUUGCUGGGUGCCUUUUGUGUCGACACUUUCACAAAGUUGCCAACAAGCUUUAUAGCCAUUGGAGAAAAAAUGUGAUGGUUCAUAUCUGAGCUGCAAUAUCUAGCUGCCCAAGCAUUUGGUGGUCUAAGUGACUAACUCUCUCUAGCUCAAAUUAGCACCAUCUGACACAACUCUCUGUAGACAAUAAAGAAAAGGCUGUGCUAAUAAAGAUUAAACCAAAACCAUAGGACCCAGUCAUCACGAAAGGCAGCUUUUUCAUCGUGCAAGUUAACUUUAGGCUUUGUAAUUUUGCAGAACUGUUAAAAACCAGAAUAAAACAUACAGAGCUACUUCUAUCAUUAGAGAAAUAGCAACAAAUAACUACAAAGCAGAUUAAUUUACUGUUAAAACAAUGAUGUCCACUACAUAGUCCAACACCUAAGCUAAACUAUCUCAGCUUUAAUGUUUGUCCACUGGCUGCAGUGCAAAUAUAACCAUACUAACACCUAAAUAGGCUUUACUCUGAAGUGACUUCUUGGACUGUGACCACUUUGUUGUUACAUUUUGUACACUAGCUAUUUAAAGGAGGCAAUCACAAAAUGGUUACCACAGUAGCUGUAAAAUUGGAUUAUUUAAAAUAGUUCACUCUUCUACAAAGUAACAAAGCAAUUAAAACUGGGUUUUUUUUUUUCAUUAUUAGUUAACCCAUUUUUUUCAGAGUCUGCAAAACAGAAGAUGAUUCUGGUGAGUUCUUCCAAUCUAAGCUGCUUCAGCAAGUGACACGUUAUAGUCUAUGUGGAGUUUCUGCAUUGGGUCAUGUUAAGCCUUUACUUUGAAGUCAGUGCUCCUUUUUCAUUCAUGAACUGCAUUUGUAUUAUAGCUAAAGUGAAAAAAAAAAAAGCUGGUCCUGAGCACAGGAGAACUUCUGAAAUCCAUUUUCAACUUCAACAACUACAUGCCAGUAUUUUCUUCCCCUAGAAGAUUGUUUUUUAUUGCAAGGAUACAGACCAUUCUCUCUUACAUUUUACCCUAUGCAAUGCCAUUGUAGAAGGUCCUUCCUUCAGAAGUGAGCAUUCAGCAGAUAAUAAACUAAUGGAUUAAAUGCAACUCUCCUACAUAGCUAAGGGUUGUGUGUGUCUCUGUCCAGUUUAACUGUCACACUCAAAAGUUACUAUGGUGCCAACUGUGUGUAAUGAGCAUCUGAAUACACUCGCACAUGCUCCUGGCACAGUUCCACAUGUAAGGCUCUUAGCCAGAACACCACCUCUAGACAGGGUGGGGGGAAAACAAGCAGGUAUAGGUGAGGGUUUGCAUUUCAGGUCUCUAGAAUAGAUAAAAGCAAUCAGUUGUUUUUUUUUUAACACCCUUUUUUUUUUAAUGAUCAAAGAGGCAGGGCUGAGUUCUGGUAGUUAGAUAGAGGAACAUUUGGAGCACCUCUCUGAGAUCUUUGAUAGUCCGCCAUAAAAGGCUACAAUAAGACCAGCACUAAUAUUUGGACACAUGAAGUGGUAUCAAGGCACAUGGCUGGGAGAGUGGCAGCUGAGAGACCACAUGAUGAUGGAUGUAGAAAUGAGGGGUUUGGUCCUUAUUAAUGAUUCUUCCUUCUUUCUCAAAUGGAAACAAAAAAGAGGCAGGAAGAAUUUCAGCUUUUACUUAAUUUCAUGAAAAUGCAAGCUGAGCAAUUUUUUGUUGUUAGGGUUUUGUUUGGUUUGGUUUUCUCUGGGUUUUGGUUGCCUUUUUGGUAAGGCAUGUCUUGAACAGAGGGAGCAUCUGUGUGUGAUUGCACACAUGUAUGAACAUGCACAGACAGGUAUGUCUGGCUGUAUACAGAUGCAGCUGUGGGGGAUGUGUAUGUGUCUGAUACAGAGUGAAGACAGUGAUUAUUUUGGGAAGAGAGAGAUGAAAGACAGACAAAAAAAGAAAGAAAUUAUGUGACUUAGAGGCUAGCAUGCUGAGAAUUGCACAUACUGUUUCCUCCUGGUUUGUCCAGAGAGUAGCCAUUCCUGUUGGUUAUAUUAGGGGGUGCACUGACAGAGUACAUUGCAGAAGUCUGUCCAGCUGCUGAAGAAGGCAGCUGCUCCUGGCCCCUGCUCAUACUCAAGCAUAUGUGUGUGCCCAUAUUGCCAGCAAGGCUGCUGUCUCUCUCACAGCCAUUAACUGUGGUCGUCCAGCAAAGCUGAUGAGCAGCAAGAAGCAAACAUGAAUGCUGUGAUGGGCUGUUGCUUAGGUGGAAGGUGCCAAGCACGCCCAAUAGUGAGAUGUGAAGAAAAGAAACUAUGCAGCACUCAAAUGCAAUUUUUAAAGCCUCAGUGCAACUGGCAGUCUACUGCUGCUAAGAUUAUAUUAUACAGUGGACUUUCUAAUAAGGACACAAAACCCUGCAAACAUUUGCUUGUACUGUCCAAAAACUUUCUUAGAGUGUCACCUCCACUUUUACAGUAGUCUUCCUCCAGGGUAGCAUCAAUGGCCUAGCAGUAGAAGCUGCAUGUGGCAGAAAGUACCAAUGCCUUGACUUGGUGCAUGAGCAGUUGUACAGUGCUAUGGGCAACAUUGUUUUCCAAAAAGAGACCCUGCAGGCUUCACUAGCCCAAAAGCCAGGAGGGUAUGGAUGGAGGUCACAUCUAGGUCCACAAGUAAAUGUAAGCUCAUCAUAGCUAUUUCCAAAUCAUCUUUGCUGGGAAAGCCAGCAUUACUUAUAUGAGGUGAAGGCAGUGAGGAGUCCAUGUAGCCUUAUUAAGCCACAUAGUUGUCUUGAAAGAGUUGAUGCAUUCCCAUCAGCAUACAGGCUGCUAGGGCAGCUAGGGCUGUACAGGAAGUUAAAGAUGUGGAGGAGAGGGUUAGUACAGGAAGUUAAAGAUGUGAGGGAAAGAGUUAAAUAAUUUUCUUUAAUGAAAAAAAAAAGCCACCCAAAAACUCAGGCAGUAUAGAUGGGAAAAGACUUCAUUUGCCUCAUCCAGAUAUGGAAAAGUACUUUGAAUGUAAUCUAUAGGAGGCACUAUGAAAGUAUCAUCUACAGCCGUUUAUUGUGGGUGGUAGUGUGAUGGUGGGUGAGGUUGUGCUGUUGUUGGGUUUUUUUUAGGCCACUGUAAGGAAGAUUUGCAUUUUCUGAACUCUUCAGAGAGGAGGAAAAGGAGAAAGUGUAACAGCAUGCUUUCAUGCAAAGAGGACUUGGUGUGUGUGCAGCAAACUAUAUCUAACAACUACUGCAAUAAUGGGAUGCAUAAAUUAAUGCAGAACAAAAAAAGCAAUAAUUUGCUGGUGGGUAAUUAUGCAAGUUUUCACUGCUUGGUCACUCACUGGCACAUCCAUAAGCAUGUUAGCAGCUGCCUUGUCCUAGCUCUGCAGAUGGGCUCAAAGCUAAACACAGUGCAGGUGCUUCAAAGGUUUUAUCAAGUAGGUUCCUAAGGGCUUCUGGAUCCCAAUGUAUUUGAAAGGGACAUACACUGAGGUCAGGGCCUGUGUGUGGCAUUUCAUUUUUAAAGCUGUUAUUAUUGUGAAUGUCCUUAGCACCAAAAGAAGUGUGUGGCUCACCCUUCGUUUCCAGUUUUAAAUCUGCUUAAGCAAAACAGCCAAGUGUGUGGAAUGGCAACAAAUAAGACAAAGUGAAAACAGAAACCCUUUCCCUGUAUGGCAGUGGACUGGCCUGGGAAUGUCUGUCAAAGUCAAUCUCAGAUGCAUAAUAAAAUCUGGGGGAAGGGAAAGUUCUUUAUAUUCCUUCUUUGUUUUCAUCGUCCUGACACCUGAACCAUCUCCAAUAUAGGAAGAAAUACUUUUUAAGGCUUCAUUUGUCAUUCUAAGAGUGUUGGAACAGUCUCAGCCUUAGGGAAUAUAGGUUUGGGUUCUGGUUGGGUUUUUUCACUCAUUAUAUAUGCAGAUCAGGUCUCCUACUAUUCAGUUAGCAGGCAUAAUUUUUGUAGUACUUUUGUAUGGAGCAAUACUAAUAGGUGUGAGCAUAGCCUUCCUCUGACAUAAUGAACAGAAAGGAGUAGCUGCUCAGCUCUGGCCACUGCCUAGUAUGGUACAUAGUCCUGCAGUACUGACAACCCUGCCCCAGCACUUACAACAGCUCUAUUCAUAGAAGUAAUAUAUCUAUUCUGCACAGAUAAUCCCUGCUCUAGAACAUGCAGCCUCAUUGAUACUGUAGGGUCUAUAAUGUCUGCUAGUCUAUAGAAGUGAGUAAAUGCCACUGAAGUCAAUAGAUAGGACUGCUGGUCUAAUGUGUCUGGUUUAUAUAACACAGCACUGCUCUACUGUUAACUGUCAAAAUGAGACAGGGAGAAAGGAAGAGAAUAGAAAAGAUAUCAUUUUGGGUCUAAUUGAGAACAACAUCUAACUUGAGAACCUAAACACAGUUGCACUGCAUCUGAUUAGAACCUUAAUGAGGUGGAGAGAGCUUCUUACUGCUUCAGGCAAUGCACUGUAGAGGAGAUCUUUACAACUGAAAAAACAAGCAGCAACAACAACAACAAAACCCACAGCACAACAUACAGGUAGUUGAAUACACAUAAUAGAAAACAUAGAUUUUUUUUUCUUAGAAACCAAAAAUUGAACAUAGAAGCUCUUUGUUGACUGGUCAAUAAGAGGAGCUACAUGGAAAGGCAGUAGAAGUUAUCUCAAGUUCUUAAGCAGCAGUUAAACAAAAUGCAGCUUCUGCCACGUUAUAGCUUGGGACACACAUGCUUAGCCAAUGCAAAUAACCUUAAAGAGAAGAGGUGACAUCACUUUACUUUUUACAUUUAGGUAGAGUUCAAGGCAGAUAGGUUAUUUUCUUCCUUCAAACAAAAAAAACACAACCAAAAAACCAAAACCAAACCACACCUGCACCGUAUAUGCCACAUAUUUUGAUGGCUCUAGGUUUCUAUUUAGUUCUUGUCAUUUAGGAGCAGGGAUGUGAGGUACACUGAGAACCAGCUAUCAUUUUAACUUAAAAGUUCAUCAAGAAAAAGGAGUAUGACUUCAUCAUUUUACUUUUUAACCAUUAUGGGUUGGUGAGAGAGGAAAAAAAUGCUGGUGCUCAGAAAUGAUCUACCUGACUUUGUCAUAUGUAAUAUCCAGUGAUAAAUAUAUUGUCCUGUAAAAAGAAAAGUUUGUACAUAACUUGUACAUGGUUUCAUUUUGUAUUUUUCUCAGAUUAAAAUUUAUGUAUUUGUGUUCUAAAAGAA